GGAAGUCCCGCCUCGGAGGCGGCGCCGGCAUGGCGGGGAUAGCGCGGCGCUGGAGGCUCCUGUGGCCCCCUGGCGGGGCCGGGGCUCGAGCCGCGCUGCACGAAGCGGCGCCGGCCCGGGAUGUCCUGCUCUUCGAGCACGAGCGCGGUCGCUUCUUCGCCUUCCUGGGCCUCUUCUGCGCGGGCCAGGGCAUCUUCUGGACGUCGCUGGCCGCUGCCGCUCUGGCCGGGCCUGGAGGCGGCGCUCAGGGUCCCGGGGCCGGGCGGCGCGCCAGCUCUGGCUCCGCGCUUUGGCGCUACGGACUGGCUGCCGGCUGCGCUUCUGUGGGCGUGCUGGUGCUGGCAGCCGGCCUGCUCUUCUCCCGGCGCUCCGUGAGAUCCGUGUUGCUCCACAAAGGGGGCCAGCAGGUGACCGUCACCACUCACGCCCCCUUCGGCCUGGGCGCCCAGUUCACCGUGCCUCUGCGCCAGGUGUCCUGCCUGGCCCACCGUGGGGAGGUGCCUGCCAUGCUCCCACUCAAGGUCCGAGGCCGCCGCUUCUAUUUCCUGUUGGACAAAGCCGGCCGCUUCCCCAACACAAGGCUGUUUGACCUCACUGUGGGGGCCUACCGGGGCCUGUGACCCCCCCCCCCCAAAGCGAGCCUGUGACCCCCCAAACGGGCCUAGAGCAGCAAAUAAAGAGCCUGAAGCGCAA